UCCAGUCCUCGUUCUGCCUGCGGACUGCACGGACACAGAGGUUCUCCCGGAGAAGGGAGAAAUUUUUUUUCGUUUGAGGAUAAGCCCAUCCACCCGCCCUGUGACCUGUCAAUUUCGUUGAUAACGUGGGGACCCAACGGGGAUUAUAAAUAAUUCUGUAUUUACAUGAAUAUUAUAAUCAUAUAUGCAUAUAUCUAUGGGUGUAUAUAUAAAAUCAAGCUCUCGUAAUACUUACGUCGUAAAAUUGGCAAAUUCGGGAAUAUCAACUCGCUACCUCCCUCGCUCUAUCGCUCAGUCUCUCUCUCUCUCUCUCUCCCCGUCUCUUUUACUUUACUCGUGCUCGCCUCUCAACUCUUUACUUUCUCAUUUCCGCACGAAUUCGUCCCCGGGGGCGGAGAACAAGAAAACAAAAAAAUACUUGAUCGGUGCGUGAGUGAGAGUGCAAGAGAUAAUAAAAAAAACAGACGAAGAGACGGACAGAGUGCGUGUGUUUUGUGUUGUGUUCGCGAGGCGAAUAAUUUUGCCUUGCGCUAUGUGAACGUACGAGAGAGAGCCGCCUCCGAAUGAAACAGAGGAGAGUCAAGUGUUAAAAAAGUUUAUGGGCUCGUGCGUCCGCUCUAUCAGUUGUACACCGUCAUUGAAAAACGUAUGCAUAUACACAUAUAUGUUUGAACACGACAACGAUAAACAACCUUAGUCCUAACGAAUAUCCGAUUCACUGUGAAACCUUAAGACUAUUGGAGCUAUCGAAACAUAACGAAUGUAGUGGGGAUUCUGUAAUUACAAAGGAUCGAAAACAAAAGAAAUAUUUCAAUGUUCGUCGUGUGUGUUUUUCGGAUUUACCGUGCCGGAUUGCGUGAGUGCAUACCGUGAAUUUAAUCACGAGUUACUUCAAAAAGAAUUCAUCAAUUCGGAAUUUGCAUUAUUGUAUAUUUUUAUUUUAUUUUUAUUUUAUUUUCCUUACAUUCGGCUCCGUAUCGAAGCAGUGACUUAGAAGAAAAUAAAUAAUACAAAGUGAACGCGUGGCUAGUGUGAAUUAUGGAAGAUUCUGAGAGAUGAACAAUUUGUCGCAAGGCGAACGACGAGACGACGUCGACACAAAUUUCGAAUGAACGACAACAAAAACUAGAACGAAAUAAAAGUGCUCCAUCGAAAAUAAAAAAAUCACUCAACCCACGAGGAAUUUGACUGUCUUUUUCUCGGCCUCGCAGUGGUAGGAGAUCAGAAACAACUUUUUUUUUCUUUUCUUUCGUAACUUCCGGUCGUGUGGUCCAUCUCAAGGGAUAUUUCAUAUCCCCUGAGAGACAGCAAAAAGGUAGAAAAACGUCCCGAGCAGUAACGGACGGGUUAAAACUAUCGUUGCGAAAAAAGAGAAGUCAAUUAGUGGAAAAAAAGAGAUAAAGAAUUCACACGUCCGGUCCUUUCUCAGUCCGUGGCUCUCGCCAUCGGCGUCGUCGCGGUCGUUGACGAAGAAGGGAGCAAGUGCGUGCGACGUAAACCCGCGAGGUGGAGGGAUAUAAAGACAGACAGGACGAUUUUAGUGAAACAAGGAGACGAUAGAGGUGGCGGAGGAGGACGAGGACGACGAGAACGCUUACUGACGGGGCUCAUCCGCUAACCGACCAAGAUGGCGGACCUCGAGGCGGUCCUGGCUGACGUGAGCUAUCUAAUGGCUAUGGAGAAAAGCAAAUGCACACCAGCCGCGAGAGCUAGCAAGAAAAUCGUUUUACCUGAUCCUAGUGUCCGGAGCGUAAUGCACAAAUACUUGGAGAAGAAAAACGAAGUAAACUUCGAUAAGAUAUUCAAUCAAAUUUUAGGAUCCCUUUUAUUCAAAGACUUCUGCGAAACUGUAGCGGAAGAACCAAUAUCUCAACUUAGGUUUUACGAAGAGAUAAAGGCGUACGAGAAACUCGAGUGCCCCGAAGAGAGGAGAAAACACGCGCGAGAAAUCUACGACAAUUUCAUAAUGAAGGAAUUAUUAGCGCACACACACGAGUAUUCCGCCGAGGCUGUCUCACACGUACGUCAAUACCUUAUGAAGAAUGAAGUUCCCGUUAAAUUGUUCGAGCCUUACAUCGAGGAAAUAUUUAAUCAUCUGAGGGGAGAGCCGUUCAAAAAGUUCCUGGAAAGCGACAAAUACACCCGAUUUUGUCAGUGGAAAAAUCUCGAAUUAAAUAUUCAACUGACAAUGAACGACUUCAGUGUUCAUCGUAUUAUCGGACGCGGAGGCUUCGGCGAAGUUUACGGCUGCCGCAAGGCCGACACUGGCAAAAUGUACGCGAUGAAGUGCCUCGACAAAAAACGUAUUAAAAUGAAACAGGGCGAAACGUUGGCCCUCAACGAAAGGAUAAUGUUGUCCCUAGUCAGUACCGGGUUCGACUGCCCAUUCAUCGUGUGUAUGACCUACGCGUUUCACACACCCGACAAAUUAUGCUUCAUUCUUGAUCUCAUGAACGGUGGCGACCUUCAUUAUCAUCUUAGUCAUCACGGUGUUUUCGACGAGCCCGAGAUGAAAUUUUAUGCGGCCGAAGUGAUACUAGGUCUGGAACAUAUGCAUCGAAGAGCAAUCGUCUAUCGUGACCUCAAACCUGCCAAUAUAUUGUUAGAUGAGCAUGGCCACGUUAGAAUAUCGGACCUCGGACUUGCUUGCGAUUUUUCAAAGAAAAAACCUCAGGCCAGUGUCGGUACUCAUGGUUACAUGGCUCCGGAAGUUUUGUCGAAGGGAACGCCGUAUGACUCAAGCGCUGAUUGGUUUUCCUUUGGAUGCAUGCUGUACAAACUUCUCAAGGGUCAUAGUCCUUUCAGACAGCACAAAACAAAAGACAAACACGAGAUAGAUCGCAUGACGCUUACGAUGAAUGUCGAAUUACCCGAAAGUUUUUCGCGGGAGCUUCGAUCGCUUUUGGAAGGUUUGCUACAACGGGAUAUUAGCCAAAGGCUUGGUUGUCAAGGGGAAGGAGCUGACGAGCUAAAAAGGCACCAGUUUUUCAGUGGUAUAGAUUGGCAACAGGUUUAUCUACAAAAAUACACACCGCCGCUUAUUCCCCCGCGUGGUGAAGUCAACGCAGCCGAUGCUUUUGACAUCGGUUCCUUCGACGAAGAAGACACCAAAGGCAUAAAACUCACAGACGCUGAUCAGGACCUUUACAAAAAUUUUCCUCUCGUCGUGUCGGAAAGGUGGCAAGCCGAGGUCGCCGAAACCGUUUUCGAAACUGUAAACAACGAGGCUGACAAGAUGGAGAAUAAGAAAAAAGCGAAGCAAAAAUUACGAUUCGAUACGGACGAAAAAGAAUCCGAUUGUAUUUUACACGGUUACAUUAAAAAAUUGGGUGGACCAUUUGCAAGCGCUUGGCAAACGCGAUAUGCGAAGCUCUACCCUAAUAGGUUGGAACUACAUCCGGAAUCGACGACGAAGCCGGAGCUCGUAUUUCUCGAUCAAAUCGAAGAAGUUGGGGCGGAUCUUCAACUCGUCAAAAGCGAACAAUGCAUCGUCGUACGAACUCGCGAAGCUAAAAUUGUGUUAACCAAUCCUGACGAGAUAAGUCUGAAGGAGUGGGCGCUCUCAUUAAGAUCAGCGCAUAAAUGUUCGAUGGAGAUGUUGGGCAACAUGGCAAGAAAGGCUUACAAGAUCUACGGGACUGAGCGUGACGCGGUAAUUCCGCCGAUUCAGCGAUCGACGAAUGGCAAUUGAGGAUAAUUACAAUCGCGAACCGUAUGAGAAACGUAAGAAUGAAAAAAAGAAGAAAAAAAACUAAUAAGAAGAUAACAACAAGAGAAACAAAAAAAAUAACAAAAACGAAAGGGAAACAAAAAGAAGAAAAACGAUUAAUCGUCGUCACACUCCAGUCCCCACUGCCCCGCAGCAGCAAAAACCAGCAGCAGCAAAUUUUUUUAUACUACGAAUAAAAGAAAAAGUGAAGAAAAAUAAAAAAAAAGUAGCGUUUCAAAGAUCGAAAUAUCGUUCAAAUCGAUCCACAUGAGUACAUCGAUUGUGCAUCGUAAUUUCGAAAUAUCAAUGAAAAUAUAGCGAAGGGCUUCGCUCAAUAUACAACGAGACUUCGAUAAAUCAGCACAUAUGUCGAAAAGAACGAUCCGUGUAUCGAAAUAGAUCGGAAAAAUCGAUGAGAUAUAGAGAAAUUUUCUGAGGGACGAGGAAAGUUCGCGAAUGCGAGGACCUAAAACGCGACGAAAAAUAACGAGCGAAACUGAUAAAAACAUAACGAAAGCGUUGAGGUGUGAGAGAACAACGAGGCUUCUGUUCGUGGAAGUUCUCGAACCUCCUUACUUCUUAUUAGCGUAAUACCAACGACCACCAAUCUCCUCCCCCACCCGUCUCCUGCCCUCAUCCUUUUUUUCCUACUUACUUAACGAAUUACCUGGCCCGGUAAAAACGAAAAGGUUAAAAAACGAAAGUUUCAUAAACUUCCCUCUGCCCUCCAUCUUGUACGGCGAAUAGCGUCGCGCUGUAUAGAGAUUCUAGCAAAGUAGAGGACCGAAAUGCCUCCCCCGAUCUCCUCGUGCAUUUUUGCCUAAUUUUUCCCCACGUGGCCCGCGCGCUUGGGGAAAUGGGGGUCGUCCGGGGUUGACAGGGGGGACGAUCGGUAAAAAUCGGAUGCCAUAGCGUCACGUCGUUAUAUUUGUACGUUUUAGUCUGUAUAUGUGCAGUGUGGCGUUAGCGAUUAGCGAUAUUUGACCACACCGAUACACACCAAACCACACAGCCGAAAGAGCGCCGUGGAAAUCAAAUUGAACGGGAAAUUAUUAAUAAAUUAAAAAUAAUUUGAAGGACAACUAUGAAAAAAAGGAAAAUAUAUUCACAAACCGACACUCACAUUAAAAUAAUGAUAAAUGAAACAUAAGAAUUUGGGGAUCAUUUAAUAUCCCUCCUUCCAUAAAAUUCGAUUUUAAUAUCACUUUUUUCCAUUUAUUUUUUCUUCCCCCCUUUACCAAGCGAGAAAAUAUGAAAGCAGGACGUUCACCCUCGUCAGACCACUGACACACCGAUACUGUAUCAUACCCAAUCGAUAUAUUAUUACCCAGCAAGAUGAAAAUGUACUUUUAAUUAUUCUACGUUGUAAUAUUCUUCGUUUACUUAAUUUAUUUUACUAACGCCCUGAAAACGUUUUAUAUUACUUGUAUACAUCGUUGCAAUUAUAUGAAAAAAGAUACACACACGAAGUAAAGAACACGAGAGAGAGAGAGAGAGGAAGGAACAAAUCCAUUAUUUAUUACGUUUACUAUUGUGUUAGAAUCUCACCGAUCGUGAAAAUCAAUGAAUACAUAAUAAUAAAACGGCCGUUUGUAUACUAUUGACAGGAAGAUUAAAAAAUCAUUACCAAAAUAACGAACAGAAACGAAAACAAGAAAAAUACAACAACAAAAAACUGAAUAUUGUUAUAACUGUGUAAGCUCGGGCUGACACCGCGCAGUUCGACCGAGCAAUAAAACAAAAAUAUGCGAUA